UCGGGAAUGGGUACCCGCCCAUUUCCCUAUAUGUUAGGGUUCUCAUUCUCUCAGUUUCAUGGUUUCUCAUUCUCAUUCUCACUUUCACUCUCAUUCUCACAUAGCAGCGAAGGCAACGAUCUCCAUAGGUUUUCCAAAGACAACGAUCUAGCGCCGGCGAUCUCCGUCGGCGUUAGCACGGUGGUUCUCCGGCGUGAGUUGUUACUUCACAGAGUUGUUGCUUCACAGAGUUGUUGGCACUCUUUUGCAAUUAGCGAAACCUGUCGAAGAGACUUACGCAUCAAUCAGCAGAAAAUACGGUACAGUGGUCCCAAAGAGUGCCAAUUCUCAAGCCAAAGGAAGGUGGAUUCUCCAUUGCCAAUUACUUUCUUAAUUAGGGGUAUAGCUUCUCUUCUUAAACUGAAAAGUUUCCUCACUGUCAAAGACACAUUAGAAGGGACUUGCAUAGUCCUGAAGCAUCUAGAUUUGAUAAUAUAUGUGUGAAUCCACUUUACCCAUAGGAUAUUUGACUUUUUGCAUAUAGCCCAAAGAAGUUUCAUAGUUGUAGCUUGAUUCUAAUGAAUGAUUGAUUUAAUUCACAGAACUCCGG